GAAUAUACGAUUGAUUUAGACCUACACAGAUUCGUACUAACACAAACGGAAAGAAAUAUGACUGUCACAAACAAAAUUCGCUCAUUUGUUGGGCGAAUACCGACUGGCUGGUGCCAGGGGGAGUAAUGUCUGGGUCUGUAUGGAGCCUUUUAAUUUCACAUUUGAACAGAUCAACUUCGAGCACGAACUCCAGCUUCCCCCUGAUGUUGAGCAAGUUCAACAGAAUUUUGAUUCCUUCAAUAAUGUGAUCCACUACGACUUAGAUUUUGUCAAUGAUUUCACUUCUUCUCCUUCUUCUUCUGCCGUUCUACAGUCUUAUGGAAUUCCUGAGACUGUGAAGAGGAACCCAGUUGAGCAGAGGCUAUGUCAGAGCAGCGAAGGUAACCCUUGUGAUACUCGAGUUCACUAUGUUUGGUCUGAGAAAAGGUUAAGCCCACAGGGGAACGAUCAUCUCGUGAAUCCCUUUAUCAACUUCAGUGAACUUGAAUCAGACAAGCCUUCCUCCAUCAACGAUCCUACCACAACUGCUGAUGACAUAUCUACCCUUAUCAAGGUAUCAGCCAUCACCAAAACUGUGAAUUCUCAACUACGUAGCCGUGACAACAGACCAAAGUUUACAAUCCCAAAAAGGAAGAUGGCUACAACGGAAGUGUCUCCUUCAACACUGGCACAUGUACCACAGCCAGCGACCACCACUGCACAACGAACGACCAAUACAACUCCGUUUGAAAACAGCAAUGCUUUUGAGACUGUUGCAGAAGCACUCCACUUGCAGUGGUCAGUUAUUGGUGAUAAGAAUGUGACCCCUGCUUCUCCUGAAGUAGUUGCUCAGAUUGUGGCUGAAGCAGAGAAGAGGUUGAAGGCCAACAAUAUACAGCCAGCACCCUUGAGUGAAAGUUUCUCCUCAAAGACAAAUUCAGAAACAUCCUCUGACAUACCUCAGAAUCUUAUUCCUGGUCUCAACAGUGAUAGCCAAAGUCUGAAAAUGUCUUUUGAGAGAACACCACGUUUGGAUUCUUUAUACUCUAAUGAUUCUCAUUCGUUGAUGUCUUCAGGAGAAAGCACUGAAAUAUUGCCAACAGACGUUUCAAAGACUGACAAAGAUUUGGCCAAAGUUAUUCCAUCAACCAAAGGCAAAAUUAUAAUUCCUGCAACAAAUAUCACUUUAACAACAGAGAAAACAUCUUGGUUCAAUUCAGGACCAAAAUUUAUGUCUGACUCCGAAACAUCCCCCAGGGACAGGGAACAGGUAAAACCAAAAUCGAAGAAAAAGGGAAAACCUAAGAACAAAUCUGCUUCCAAAGAUUUUACAGAAGAAAAUGAUGGUUUGUCUCCUUCCGCAUCAACAACAUCUUCAGUUGUCUCAUCGUCUAUGGAACAAAUCUCCAGAGAACCCAGUCAAGAGAAUGGUCUAAGUGAAGGAGACAAAACUGAUGAAGUUGCCUCUGUAAAAAGCUCCUCAGCCCAGUUCUCUGAUUGUGAUGAGGAUUACAAUUAUGAAGACGACAGCACAGCCGAAGAUUUUCUCAAGUCACUGCCACCUGUCAAAGCUAUUGAGCUGGAAAGUUUCCUCAAAAGAUUCCAAAAUGGACGACACUCUCCACCAGUGAGAGAACGUUCUUUCACACCAAGUGACUCUGGCAGAGACACUGCAAGGUUUUCUCCUCUGCUGGAUUCGGUGACCGGUGCUAGCCAUGACCAAAAGUAUCCUUUCCAAAAUACUGACAUUUCCGAUCGUCUUGGUUCCGUCCCUGGCAGUGUGGAGUUACCCGAGAAAGAUGUCAGUUCUUUACCAUCUAAAUUAUCGACUACCACAAAACCUAAAAUCGUUCUUCCUGACCCUGGACCUCUUUUUAAGAAUGCAAUGAAACCAUUUACAGAGAGAAAAUCCAAGGCCUAUGUCGAGGUAUCUUCUCCAGCAACAGGGAAACCGGAAGAAACGAACCUAAAUACUGUUCUGAAGGAGAAGGCAAAACUGGAGGGUCAGUUGGAAGUGUUGAGUGCAGAGGCAGAAAUUGCAUUACAAGAACGUGCGGAGUUACAGGCUCAAGUUGCCUCUCUGGAUCAGAAACUGCAAUUGUUCAAUAAUUCGGAGUCUGACGUGAAACAGAAUGCACUGAAAGCCGACAUCAAGAGCUUGAAAGAGAACCGUGUCUACUUGGAACAAUGUCUAGAGGAUACUCAGAAACUGCUCGAAGAAAAGAUUGAUGCUGCUAAACAUCAUGAAGAGGAAUUGAAGCUGACCCAGGAGCUUCAGGACAAGCAAAACAUAAAUGUACGAGAAUUGUCGGACAGUCUUAAUGCCCGUGACGUGACCAUUCAAGCUUUAAAAAAUAAAGUUGCUGAACUUUAUGUUGAGGUGCAGACUGCACUUCAGAAAAAGAUGCUGUCUGACACUUAUGCACGGAAUGCAAAAAGUGACCUGUCAGCCAUUACCAGCACAAAGCAGUGGUACCACGAACAACUCCAGAUGGCCAACAAGGUUCGUUCAGAACUGCAAAAGGAGUUAACUGCACUGCAUGCACAAGUCUCAUCUCAGGGAAUAAUCAGCGAACGCUUGAAAGCAGAUACUGCACGCCUGCACCAGUUGUUGUCUGAGACGCGGCAGAAGGCAGUGUUAGAGAAAGAGACACUCGCUCGACAACUGGAAAACAUUCAGGCAGACAUGUUGGAGAGAGAAACAGCUUUCCAGGAGAUCCAGAGAGAGAGGCAUCUCAUUGAAGAGACAUUUGAUUCGAAAAUUUUGAGUGUCGAGGAAGAGAAGUCAAAGAUAGCCACCUUGUUGCAGACAACAGUUGACCUAGAGGCUCAACUUGAGAAAUCACAAAACAACGUGAAGAAAAAGCAGAUUCAAAUAUUUUCUUUAGAAACUGAGCAGGCAAGUCUGAUGAAAAAUCUGAUGGUUACUGAAGGAAAACUCACUGAAAAGGAUAAAAUCAGUGAGGAAUUACAGCAGAAACUCAUUGAUGUUGAAUCUUCUUUGAGUGCUUUCCAAACAGAAGUCAGUCGGAAGAACCAGGAAGUGUUGAAGUUGAAAGAAGAGAAGGCUGCAGUGGAAAUAUCUUUGGUAGCAGCUUCUGAAGAAAAGAAAAUUUUUGAUUCUUCCUUGGAAACACUUCGUGGUGACUUGAGUAAAGUAGAGAAAAGCUUUUGGCAAAUGAAGCAGGAGCUGAAUAAUCGUGUUGCCGAACUUGAACAAGUGAAAGUGGACAGAGAUAGGAUCAAGUUGGAAUUGGAAGAAUCUCAGAAAACACUGUCUAAUUUGCCUGAGAAAGAACUUCAGGAAGACAAAGAGAAUCUGGUUGAACAUUCUCAGAAGAUUGAGAAGAAGAAUGAAGCUCUUACCAAGGACUUAAAUGAUCUUCGAGGGCAGUUUACAGAAUUGAAUGACCGGUAUUUACAUGAAGUUCAUGAGAAGGAAGCCGUACAGAACCUUCUAGAAAAUGUCCAGAAGAAUCUUGAUCUUGUAAAUGUUGAAUUAGAAAAGGAGAAAGAGAGACCAUCAAGUGAAGAGCAAAAUCUAGAAAAUUCUGAGAAACUUCUACAGCUUGAGACUGAGAACAAAACCCUGAAAGCAGAGAUGAAAUCUAUUGAAAAGAAAUGGCAAAACAACUUGACCAAACAGAAAGCUCGGUCAGCAAGACUUAGUACUGAUUUAAAUGCUGUGAAAGAUGAAUUGAUGGAAAGACAAAAGGCUUAUGACAGCAACACUGAACUUCUCAGUAGUAAACUCCGCGAGAUGGUUUCCAGCAAAGAAGCACUUCAGAACGAACAUGAUAUGCUUAAACGGAAGUUUGAAUUUGGUAUGUUGGAGCAACAAGAUCACAUGAAGGUAGAGUUACAGACUCUUGCUGGAGAAUUAGAAUUGGUAACCAGCCAGAAACAUCAAGCUGAAAGUCAAUUAACAGAACUGGAAAUAGCAACCAAACAACAGAUUGACCAAUAUGUAGCACAGGUUGUGGUCAUGGGAGAGCAGCUACAGCAAUUGGUCAACGAGAAAGAAGAAGUGGAGCGGGAAGCCAGUUCCAAAGAUUACCAAUUCCAGCUGGAACUUGAAAAAGAACGAGGUCGCCUUACAGGUUUACAACAAAGCAAUACAACUCUGAAGAACCAUGUGGCUGAGUUAGAAGAAGCUCUGGCUCGUCGUGAGUCGUCACUGGUCGAACUACAGACCCAGUUCAGCGAAACGCUGAAGAACCAAGAUUGUAACGAUUCUGAUUUCAGCAACAGGUUACAGGAACUUGAACAGAUGCUGGCUCAUGAAAAGAGUAACCAGAGAGAGCUCAGGAAACAGAUUGGUGUGAAAAUUAAAGAAAACAAAAACUUGAAGCGGCAACAGAAAGCUCUGGCAACUGAACAGGAGCAAUUACAGGGGAGCUUUGAGCAGAAAGCAUUGCAAUGUGAUGCAACUGCAGAUGAACUGCAGCGAAAGAAGGAAGAGCUGUCUCAGGUGCAGUCUAGUCUUCAGAAUGUGCAGCAUGUUAACCAAACACUGAACGCUCAAAUUGAGCGCUUGCAACGGAACCUCUCCGACAAUCAGGACCGCAAUCCAGUCAUACUGGAGCAACUAGAGAGUUUACAAUGGAAGCUUCAACAGAAGAACUCUGAAAUUGAGUCUGUUCGUCACCAAUUGACUCUGUCUGAAGAACGACACGACCUGGAACAGGAGAAUCUGAAAAAGACUUUACAGAACAACCAACAAGAACUGGAGGCCCUCCGUGGUGAACUGACAGCCUCACGCCAAGAAAAGUUGAACCAACAGGCUAAAGUGUCCGAAUUAAGGAGUGCCCUCAAGACCUCAAUCCAUCAACAUAAGAUCUCCAAAAAGGUUUCAUCCAAAUUAAAAAGCUCCCCCAAGAGGACCUUAGUUAACAGUGAAAACCUGACCGCAGAAGCCAGCAUUGAACCUGAAUCAACGCAGCCUGUGACUGAAGGAGCUUGCUCUCCGAACUGUCGAGACGUCGGGACACAAAUGGAUGAAGAUACCAAGGAGACCAUAUUAGCGCUGGCCGGUGAACCAUUUGACAUUGAAGCCUUGGAACAGCUAUUGCAGGACACAACAGUCCAAGCUCUGGAAAGCAAACCAUUGGAUGACUUGCAGUCCUGCCUGAGUAGUCUUCGAGCUCAAAUCUCCGGACUAGAGAAGCAGAUCGAUGAUCAUUCAGCAGCUAUUCAGAAUUCUGGUGAAACCUGGAGGGAUGUAGAAACACAGGUUGUUGAACUACAACAAGUGGUACAAACUGUAACCAACACAACGUCCUGCCCGACGCUAACAACUACCGUGGCAGACACUUCAGAAGCAACCUAUUGAAUACAAAGUGUGCAGCCAGUUAUUAUUAUUACUAUCAUCAUCAUCAUUAUUAUUAUUAUUAUUAUUACACUAUGUGGUGCACCAGUUCCUGCUGGAUCUAACUGGAUCUCUGUAGCACCCUCAUUUACUUAUCUUUCAAUUAUUGCCUUAUUUUGGCAACAAUCCAAAAAUCAAGAACACAAGAUCCUUCAUUUAUUACAGUUGGAGGAAAACAAAGGAAAGAAAAGUAUUAUUACUAACAAUAUACAUACAUGUGUAUAUAUAUAUAUAUAUAUAUAUAUAUAUAUCUAUGUAUUGCUUUGUUGUUCUGGAUGUGUCCAGUGGGAUGUAGGGUUUGGUCUUUGUUAAAACUUUUUAUCGUUAUGUUUUGGUUAAUUAGUUCCUUCUGCUAUCUCCUGCAGUAUUCUGCAUGUCUUUACAGAAUCUUUCUUGGCUGAAUGUGUAUGUAUGUAUGAUUUUGUGUAUAUAUGUAAGUGUAUAUAUAUUAAAUAUGUAUCUUUGUAAACCUAUACAUGUAUGUGUGUGUGUGCAUAUCUGAAUAUAUGUGUAUAUAUUUAUGUAUGUAUGUGUAUGGAGGUGGUAAGUGAUGUGAGAUUGAGUGGGAGUAAGGUAAUCUAUCCUGUACUCAACAUCAGACAUGUGUCCCCUAAUUUGGUUCAUCUUGCCACUAAAUCCCUGGUUUUCAUUUGGAUUAUGGCCUGUGUGUGAAACCCAGUUUGCAGUGGCUGGCAUAUAUUAUCUUCAUCAAUCUGAGGUGUCUACAAGCAGAGAAACUUUCUAUGUGAUCAUUCGAUAUUGCUAGAAAUAGUAGCCAAAUGUACUUCAUAUAAAGAAAAAACACAUUGGAUAAUGUAGUCUUAAAUCUGAACACCCCCUACCAUGCACACACAGAGAAAGUGAUGGUGGUCAUGAUUAGCAUGUCUUCAAUCUGCUCAGUCAGUGUUGUCCUGGGCUAAACAACAAUUAGAAAAAGCCUCUUGAGCUUACUAACAACCUUUAUGCGGUCACUCAACCUGCUAGAAAUAUCAGCCAAGUCUCUCUCAAAUCACUGUUGUAUAAAAAACCCCAGCAGACUGGAUGCCAUCAGUCUGAUUUGUGUGAAUAUCUUUCUCAAACAUUAUUUCUUUCAAGACAACUUUAAUCAGAUGCAAAGUGCCAUCUUUGCUAAUUAACCAUAUCUAGUAAAGACUCUAGUAGCAGUACCAAGACUGAUGUUUGUCUAAAACUGGUUUUUUUGUUGUUGUCAAGGAAUCUGUAUUUUACAUAAAUAAGGCUCCCUGCCACAUCCCAAUGGAAGUUCUCUGUUCACCCUCCAUCUCUGUCUGCUUGGUUACACACUGGUCAUGAAAACAAAGAGCUGUGGGUUUGAGUCUCAUGCAUAUGGAAACCCUACUUUAUUUCCAUCAGGGGCUUAUUUAUAUGCCCCAAUAUUAGACUAAUUUCUUUAGUCAUUACACAGGGAUCAUUUAUAAGCUUUAAGCUUAUAAAAUAUUAUUAUUAUUAUUAUUUACAGAAUUGUAAAAAUUGAUACUGCUUAUCAAAAACCAUCGCAGAUAUAUAUGUGUGUGUGUGUGUGUACAUAUAAUAUAUUAUAAAUGAUGAAAGAAAGUGUUACAACCGGUAUCUCUACUUUUGUAUAUAUGUAUAUGCAUUCAUGUAUGUGUGUGUCUACAUAUGUUUAUAAUAUAUAUAUAUAUAUAAUAAAUGACCUGGCUUGUUAAGAAGGUGUUAUACUCUACAUCUCUAUCUACUUAUAUGUGUGUGUGGUGUUAUACCUGCAUCUCUAUCUACUUAUAUAUGUGUAUAAGUGUAUAUAUAUAUGUGUGAGUGAGUGUGUGCUUAUGUAUAUAUGAUAUAUAUAUUUUAAAUGCUCUGGCUUGCUCAGAAAGAAAGUGUUAAACUCUGCAUCUUUAUCUACUUAUAUAUAUGUGUAUGUAUGUAUGUGUGUCUAUAUAUGUAUAUGCGUGUGCGUAUAUAUAAUAUAUAUAUUAUGAAUGACCUGGUUUGUUAAGGAAGAAAGUGUUACUCAGUUCCCUGAGACAAUAUUCUUUCCUAUCCAGAUCAGGUCUUUUAAACAAAGGUAGCCGACAUUCUUGAGUGAAAUCUUGUUUGUGUACCAACACUAAUCAAUGAGGAACGAUUGAUAAGUUGUCUUUGAGACACAUUCUGUCAAGUUCUUGGGCAGAAUUCUUCACAGAAGGUUUGUGAAGAAAUUUUAAAGAUUUUUUUUUUUAAAUAGAACAAAGAAAGAAAAAGUGAUAGUUGCCAAAACAAAGCUUGCUUGUAUGUGUGUGUGUGAUUUUACAGCUAUUUUCUCAUGUUUGACAAUUUGCUGGAGGAAAAGUCCAACAUUUCCUUGAGUGGAAAAAUGAAUAUAAGAGAGUGAUAUACACAUAUAGAUGCAUACUUGUGUACAUAUGCAUGUAUAUGUGUGGCUAUAUGUUUGUGUAUGUGUGUUUGAAUACCUGCACCCUUAUAUAUGCAUGUAUUUGCAUGAAUGAAUGUGCACACAUACCAAUUGGAAGUCUCCCUUUUUUUUUUUGCAAUGUGUUCCUUUAAUUUCUGAAUGAAAACAAGAAAGAUGACAGCCACUUUGGCCCCUACAAAGUAUGUGUUGUGGCCAAUAAUUAUUUUGGACUAGUUCACAUGUGAUAACAUGUGGCACCUAUGUUAAUUAAUUUUGUCAAAAUUGUUGAUAAUGCGGGGUUUCUUUGGUGAAAAAUUAUAAAAAAGUAAAGGGAAAGAGUUUCAAACAUGACUGGAAAUAUAUAGAACAUGGAGGAAAGAAACAAAUACAACAGCAAAAACAAUUGUAAACAAUACUAAACAAAUAAACAAACAAAACAAUCAGCACAAUGACUAUAACUUCGCACUGUUGUACCACUGAAUACUUGGUCUUUGAAUUCAUUUGCAAAAACAUCCUGGUAAUAGCAACUGUAAACUCUUUUGCUGCUGCGGAAAUUUCACAACGCUUAACUGUGGAAAGGAAUUGUAUAUUCCAACCUGUUGGAACUAUUUUCUGUUGAGAGAUGUCAAGUUUAUCAAGGCAAUGUGACUUGCAGAAAAUAUCAAUUCUAUUUUUUGGUAGAUAUUUAACAUUUCUGGAAUAAGCAUGAAAUUAUUGUUACAUUUGGGGGUAAUCAUCUUUUGCCACACAUUUUUACAUCAAGAAUCUUGCAAAACAAUAUAUAUAUGAAAUUAUAUUUUGCAGUUAAAGUGUUAAUUACCCCUCUAGUCUGUGAUUGGGAGGUAAAAACAAAGGGGUUCUUUUUUUGCUUCUUGUUUGGUUUGUUUCUAAAUGCUGAGAUAAGAAGACAUUGCAAGUGAGACGAGUCACACUCUCUCAACCAGUGACUAUAUCACAUACCCUACUUAUCUUUGUGUCCAUUUUCUUUUUUUGUAUUUUUUCUUUUUUCCCCCAUCAUUGUUUUUACAAAUUUGUUUCCUGCUCUGAUAUUUUCUUUUGAGAGGUAAUUCAAUAAUUUUGCUUUUUCUUUUUACUUCUUGAUAUUUAUUUAUUACAUUUGUUUAGAUUUAACAUUCAUUUUAAGAGUUUCUUUGUUAAUUGAAUUCUCUCUCUUUUUCUGUUUUUUUUUUUUUAUGACUGUUUUUGGGUACGAAUCUGUUUAUUUGGUUUCUGAUUAUUUUUAGCAGGAGAAAGUCAUGUUUAUUUCUGCAUCUCACAACACUACUACUACUACUACACUUACAACACACACUGCAACUGCCAGCAUCACAUUACCCUACAACUGGACCCUCACCAGCAACGACUACUCAAACAGACCCAUGCAUUGGAGGGAUGUCAGCUGAGUGGUGUAAAGGCGUCAUCUACCAAGAAUAGGGAACCACUAACAAAUGGCGGAUGCUACAAUUCUCUGUUACAGCACAUACUCCCAUACUACUACUACUACUAUCAUAUUACACUACAGCUACCGUUACACAACACUAUACCUGCACCACACCAUACCACUGCCACAACACUACACCUCUGUUACAUAAUACUCCCAUUACACCACAUCACACUUAACACACUCCACCUCCAUUGCGUUAUCCCACCACUGCCACCAUCCCCCGUACAGCUUUUCUACUUAAAUUAUCCAACUGUUUAUUAUGUAUGUUGUUAAAUUCUAAUUGUGAGCUCCCUGUAUCCAUCCUGAAUUCAGGAAAGCUGGGAAGAGAGAAGGUCACUGUGUUACCCCUUUUUUGGGGGGAGGGGAGUGGGGAAGUUAACAAGCUCGUUUAAUAUGCACAAUGCUUAUGUAUAGCUUUAUAACACUCAAGGGAGCAAUUAGAAGAGAGGUUUAUGCAAAAUCUUUACAUGAAAUGUGUUAACCCCUCUAAAAGAGGCCUACACCUAGACACAGAGGGGGAAAUAAGGGCUAAGGUAGUAAUGGCUACAAUUGGGCUAGUCACUCUAAAUUGGUCUGUUUCUUUUUUGUUUCAACCCUUUCUCAGAAGUGAAGAGUAAACCAGUGAAAGAAAUUCUACAUGAUGUCUAGAUCUGCUAGAAAUAAGUCAAAUUUACCUCAAACAUACCCUACAUUUUUAGAAAAUGACAGUUCAUAAUUUGAAAUGUUCUAUUCUUGAAUGAGAUGGGAUGGUCAUGGCUAGAAUGCCUUUGAUUAUAGGUCUUCUCAAAAAGGGGCCAACUUGGAGACUCAACAGCAACAACAAGUGUAAAGAGAGAGAAAAGAAGUGGGGGUCCCUGGAUUUUGAUCAGGCGGGGAUAUGAUAAAAGGUAUUUUAGGGACUAUAUUGUAUAUAACACAUUCUUUCUGUUUUAAGAUAGUUGGAUGUGACUUGAGGGAAUUUGGUUGCUAUUUCUAGCAGAUGAAAGUGGGUGCUGUCGGUCUUAACAUCACAUACAGUUGUAAUAAUGUUUCAUUGCUCAGUAAGCUAAUAUUUUUAUUUAUUCAUAUGUAUUUGAGGUUCUUCAAACUCCCUUUCCCUCUGCAUUUUUUCUGUUCUCAAUAUUUUUUUCUUUGGUUCAAAUGAUUCAUUAAGAAAAGAUUAUAUUUUUGGUUUAAAAAAUAAAAUAAAAAAUUAUUAUUCUUAUUAAUUUUAUUUAAUUUAAAUUUAGAAAACUGAGGUCAUGUCUAUCAAUGUGGUUGCUUUGAUUCUUAGCUGGAAUUUUUAAUAAUUUAUUUUGCAUGUAUUGUUCCCUUACAGGGAAAAGUAUGAACAUCGCAUCCUCAUCAUCUUCCAUGCAAAGUUCAUAUUCCAUGGUUCCUGGUUAAGAGAUAAUAAUAAUUCUUUGUACUACAACGGGCAUAAGGCAUGAAAAUUUUGAAGGGAGAGAUAAGCCAAUUAUAUUGACCCCCACUGCUCCACUGGUGCUUAUUUUAUUGACCUCAAAAAAGACAGGACCCCAAAGUAAAUCUCAGCAAUAUUUGAACUCAGAAUGUAAAGUUGGAAGAAAUACUGCUUAGCAUUUUGUCCAACACAGUAACGAUUCUACCAGCUUGCCACCAUAAUAAUAAUAAUCUUUUUUCUACUAUAGGCACAAUGCCUGGAAUUGGGGGAGGGGAUAAAUCAAUUACAUUGACCCCAGUACUCGACUGGUACCUAUUUUAUCGACCUCAAAAAGAUUAAAGGCAAAGUUAACCUUAGUGGAAUGUGAACUGAAAACAUCAAGACAGGCAAAAUGGCAGAUGAGAAAAUAUCUCACAGGGAUGAAGACUGCACUAGGAGUUGCUUGAGAAGACCCAGGAAUAUGCAGACAAAAGGUGAAUGCAGCAACAGGCUGCAAUGUGCCAAAAUGAGAGUUUUUAUUAAGGUGGUGAGCUGGCAGAAUCGUUAGCAUGCUGGGUGAAAUGCUUAAUGGUUUUUUUGUCUGUCUUUACAUUCUGAGUUCAAAUUCCACUGAGGUUGACUUAGCCUUUCAUCUUUUCAGGGUUGAUAAAUUGAGUACCCAUUGAGUCCUGAGGGUCGAUGUGAUUGACUGUCCUCCCUCCUGACAAAAUCCAGGUCUUGUGCCUAUAGUAGAAAGGAUUAUUAUUAUUAUUAUUAUUGUUAGGGUGGCGAGCUGGCAGAAUAGUUAGCAUGCUGGGCAAAAUGUUAAACAGCAUUUCAUGUCUAUGUUCUGAGUUCAAAUUCUGCCAAAGUUCACUUAACCUCUCAUCCUUUUUUGGGGUGGAUAAAAUAAGUACCAGUUGGAUACUGGGGUCAAUGCAAUCAACUUACCCCGCUCCCCUGAAUAGGUGGCCUUUGUACCAAAAUUUGAAAUUAUUAUUAUUAUUGUUAUGACUGUUUUUAUUAUUCAUGGUUUCAGAAACGAUUUGUUUCUUAAAACAAAGAAUUUAGGUACAUGAUGGAGAGGUUGUAGCAAAGUGUUGAAGGUUCACAAAACUAUUCACUGGACAACAUUAUUUUGUGUUGGAGAAUAUUGGAGGCAAUGAAAACUUCUUUGACAAAUGACAUUCAGCCGUCACCUCGUUUCAGUCUCUUGAUGAAAAACUCUUUUCAUCUACUGUUAUAUUCCCCUUUUCCUGCUAUUUACCCAGUCCCCAUUUUUUUUUUUUAAAAACCCAACAAUUUAUCCUUGUAACUCCAGCAGUUUCAUAAUUAAUUAAAAGAUUAUUUAUUGAU